AUGAACAUUUCAGAGUUCAACGACCGACAAGAAUUUUUUGAGGAAUCUUUAUUCAAAAACUUCAUUGUGGUCUUAUUUGGUAUCAUUAUCAGUUGUAUCAACAGCCUUCUGAUUUAUACUUUCUUCAAGAAUCCUGUCUUCGCUCAGGAGCCACGCUACAUCCUCUACAUGCAGCUGAUCAUCAAUGACAUCAUUACACUGUCUGUUAGUGUGAUUUUGUUUGUGUUUGUUUAUUUACUGCCAAGCAUGAAUGUUGCAAUCUGCUGCAUUUUCAUCUUCAUUGGAAGCAAUGGCUACAAGAACACACCACUAAACCUGGCUGGUAUGGCUAUUGAGCGCUUUGUGGCUGUUUGCUACCCUCUACAUCAUGCACGAAUAUGCACCAUCCAAAAUACCAAAAUCCUGAUUGGCAUCAUCUGGCUGGUGGGAGCUAUGCCUGGUGUGGUGGACCUGCUUGUGGUAUUGGCUCUUCGUCCACUUUCCUUCUUUACCACUAGCCGGACAUGCUACCACCAAAAUAUAUUUGAUUUUAAAUACAAUAUAAUAAGUCAUGCUGUUUUUAACAUUGGCUACAUGUGCUUAGUGUGGGUGCUGCUCUUUUACACUUAUUUCAAAGUGCUGUUCUCUGCUAAAGCUGCUGCUUCAGAACCAGCUCAAGCACAGAAGGCCAGGAGAACCAUUUUACUUCAUGGGGUCCAGUUACUGCUCUGUACACUGUCCCUGUUCACAACUGUCCUGGAUGAGGCCUUAACUUCUCUCUUUCCCUACUACAAGUCUGAAAUCUACUUUUGCACCUUCAUUCUCACCAACAUUUUACCGCGUCUACUGAGCCCACUUAUAUAUGGCAUGAGAGAUCAAAAGUUUAAAAAGUACAUGAAGAAUUCACUAAUUUGUGGCUUUAAGAAGAGAGCCAUUGAACCUUUUGAUUAG